AUGUAUUUAAUGGAGCCAGUGGUGGCUGAGCCCUGGAAGCGUAUGAAUGAGUUUGUUGCCUAUGCUCGCCACGAACAUGAAGUUGGUCGAUUUGUAUUAGUGUCAGGGACUUCGGCCCAACCGGGAAAGCCAGGGAUGGGGAUGGUCUGGAAGAACUUUCUACAGACGGGAGUCGACUUCUGCGUUCUCCGGCCCAGCUGGUUUAUGGCUACGUUGCCUGUCGUUCUCUAUCUUUCGCGGCGCGCGCGAGCUCUAACCCGCCAAACUGAGAACCUUUCUGAAGAGUCUCCUGGCUCCGUAAUUAAAGACCACAGCAAGAUCUAUACGGCCUGUGGCGCUGGCAGGAUUCCUUUUGUCUGUGCCACGGAUAUUGCAGCAGUGGCCUUUCAUGCCUUGACCGACACCAAAUCCCACAACUACAACCGAACUUCUGACCUAUGA